AUGCAACCUUGGCUGCCAGUGGGGGCGCCCUCCGUUUUGCAGAGCUGCGCUACAGCAGCGUGCUGCAGGCACCAGCUUUAUGAUGCACAGACUACCUAUGACAUCCUGCGGCUUUGGGACCUCUAUGGUCUUGACUGGCCAUACGGGAGCAAGGUUGGCCAGUUCCUGCUAAAGCAACGCGAGCCAAAAGCCACGGAGGUCAUCCAAGUCAAUGGAUCGAGGCAUCGCAGUGCUGUGGACUUCCGUGCCGAAUGGCAAUCGGAGGAGAAGAUCAGCGAACUGUGGUCUCCAAAGAGCAAAAGAACAAAGAGUUGA